GCUGAACAUUGUGUGGAUCUUCACCACAUCCCAAACGAUUUACUAUAUCUCUCACACACAUAGAGAUAAGCAUGCGUAGGUUAGGCGGCAGCGGUGGUGGCAGACCUAUGGGCGGCGCCACCCUCCACAGGGCCAUCAAGGCUGGCGGUGCAAAGACAGCCAACAACUUUACCAAGAAUCGCCCGCCCACUUCUCCCAACACCGCUCUAACUCUUUCAUCUCCAUCAACGCUCAAUCUUCCGCCACCGCAAGCUGUUUCUGCGCCGGCGUGGAUCUCUUCUUCUUCUUCUUCCUCCGAUGCAUCGGAGUGGGAGUAUGUUACUAGGACGGAAGAUGAGACUGUCUACGACGAUUAUGUCUUUCAAUCUGUUCCAUCUGCUCAUGAAGUUCAUCAUGCUGUUUCUGCACUUCAACUGGCCCUUGGUUCCAGCUCGCCAACACAAGAAUGUGAUGAAAUUGAGUGGUUUGAGCCCUCACACAACCUCUACUCUUCCAAAGAGAUGCAGCGUCGUCCGAGCAACGAUGUGGUCAACGUUGCCCUCCAUUUAUUGGAGACUGAGCCUUGUGUGCAGAGGAUGGUUGUUUCCCUAUCAUCUGAUAAGGCCAUCUGGGACGCAGUCAUGAACAACGAGGUGGUGAAGGAGCUUCGAGGAUCAAUGCAUCGAGUUGGUAGCUUGGUCUCGGAGAGCUCAGACGUCCCGAGUGGAGACGAAGACGGAAACAUGAUCAGUUGGGUUGUCAAGUUUGCCAAGGCCAAAAUCAUGCAAGUGAUGGACCUCAUCACAAAGAUUGUGGGUAAUGUUUUUCAGGGGGACAAGAAAGGAGAUGAUGGGUUGGAUGAGAAAGUGAAGAGCUCCUUGUUGCUAUCGAUCCUGGUGCUAGCCAUGGUAAUCCUGGCUCGAGCCAAGACUGGCUAAGCCUGACCACAAUUUGCUGACUUGACUCCUGUCUCAACCACAAACUUACUUUUAAGUUUGUCUAGAUAUUGCAUCUUUUCUCAUUUGAUAUUGUUUUGGUGCUAUCUUCUUUGUUGGAAGAGGAAAUAAAAAGUUUGAUCUUGUUUUUAAAA